AUUUCUUGCUGGGUAUAGAAAUGUUUGGUUUUGCAUUUAAGGCUGGGAAGAGUAGGUUGCUCGGCCUCAUCCAAGCUCUGAAGGAGGCUGUGUUGUAUCUACCUGUGGGCUACGGUUGGUGGUUGAUACUGGUGACGGCUGGAGUCCUUGCUGGUGUGGCGAUCCUAUCAUGCAGGGGGUGCGGCCUUGAUGGCUGUGUUCACCGUUCUGUACCGCCUGGGCAGCGGUCUUUAGUUUAUUUUGCAGUGGAGAAAUAAGCCGUAGCUCUCAAGGGUAUGAACCCUUGAUUUCUCGAGACACAUCUCAGCAAGCCUUAGGAUUUCCGUGCUUCAUGAAGCGAUAUGGAUGCCGUUGACAGUCUUAGCAGCAAGGCACAGACUCCCGAAGAGGGAAGAACUCCUUCGAUUGGCGAGAGUGACUCUGACGAUGAGUUCUUUGAUGCCUUGGCAGCUGGCGAUGCUAACAAUGACAAUAAUGAUGGCACUGCUACCGGUGAAAAUACGCAGUGCAAGGAGAAGGAGAAACAGCACACGACUACCGAUGACAGUUUGACGAGGAUCGUCGAUGACUUGAUACAGUCCAAAAUCGGCGGAGGUGAAACAGUGGAUGCAACAAAUCAGGACCCCAGAGGAGGCGCUGACGAUACCAGCAAUGAUGGCUCGCAUGGUAGCCCGUCGGAAAAUGAACAACCUGAUAAGGAACCAUCAGAACAUGAGGGAGUGUAUCCCAACAGGAUACAGGAGACCAGUGAGCCUUUCAGUGACACGGCAAUUCACGAAGGGCUCAGAGCGGAGCAGGAAGAAGACAAUUUAAGGUCGGAGAACGACGAGGACAACGGACGAGGUGUUGUCAUAGACGAGGAAGCGAUGCGAGAGCUGGAGGAGCAGAUGACGGAAGAGGAAAAACAGGCAAGAAGAGCAGAAGCCCAGACUCACAAGACAAGAGGCAAUGAAUUAUUUAAGUCUGAAGAGUAUGCAGACGCCGUGUACGAGUACGGACAAGCGCUUCAGCUUUGUCCGCUCUGCUUCAAGAAAGACCGGUCCAUCAUGUAUGCCAACAGAGCAGCAUGUAGAGUCAGACAGGAAGACUUUGAGAAUGCUAUUACAGACUGCACUAAAGCCUUGGACUUGAACCCCCUAUAUCUGAAGGUCGUCCUGCGUCGGGCCCAGGCCUAUGAGCUGACAGACAAGCUGGAGGACGCCCUCAAGGACUUCCAGAGAGCAUUGGAGUUGGACCCAGGGUGCCACGAAGCCAGAGCAGCAUGCCUGCGCCUCCCCGACCAGAUCCAGGAACGGAACGAGAAACUUAAAGCGGAAAUGAUGUCCAAGUUGAAAGAUCUAGGGAACCUUUGCCUACGACCCUUCGGUCUGUCAACGGACAACUUCCAGUUCACCCAGGACCCGGCCACCGGCUCGUACUCGGUGAACUUCCAGCAGAAUGCAAGAGGGAACAAUGGAAAAUAAAAGAAAACAGAAAAUCAGUACUUUGACUGGCUCCCGCUCUUGCCAACUUUACACAGAAUUCUUGAGGGGGGGACAAAUAUGUGGAACAUUAGACGAAACCUCCAUCUAGGCGAACAUAUGAGCUUGGUCAAAGUCCACUGUCAAGCCCAAGCUAGGUGAAUUCCCAUUAGAAUUUAGACCGAGGGACAGCUCAUGAAGACCUACAUGUGAGAAACCAGUGCAUCGUUGACUUAGCGAACCUUUUUUGUCGACCAGGAUGAUGGGAUUCACCGAUAUUAUCACUCCACCCGUUAUCUUAUAACCAGUGAGGGCAAGAAAGGUUUCCUCUGUGAUGGUCUUUCCUCUGUGAGGAACUUGCGGACUAUAACAUAUUUUAUGAAGCAGUUUCUUUUAGCAAAAGAGGGAUGGUUUGUUUUAAAGGGAAAAUUCAACCAAAGAUUUGUCUUCAACAUUGUAGGAUUUUUCUGUGAUCUGUGAGAAAGCCUGUACUUCAUUCAGUGCGCAGGCCAUUGCGCUUGAUACAAGCUUUGAUCGGUUUAAAAUACCAAACUCUAGAUAUUCUGCUGUUCUUGCUUGUUUGCCCUUUUUGCCUCGUGAGUUGAUGAGAUCAUGUUGGUGGUCAGUCCUAAUGCAACCAGAGAGCUGUUCUGAUAGAAAACGAAUCAAAAAUUAACAAAGCAUGUUCUCCGCACAGUGCUCGUAAAAUGUUUUACUGUAAAAACACGAAAACGUCAAUGGCAUACAGAAGUCUUGGUGAGUAGUAAUUUAUUUCUAUCAUAUAUGUCUUAUGAGAUCACAUUUCUGUAGCUUUUUAAACUUUGUCUUUGAAUUAUGGUGAGGAUUAAAAUCUUAUUUAUAGUAAGAAAUGAAUACCUCAGUAUGUGUUGACCUGUCUGACAUCCUUAAACUAAAAAACAAAAUUCAUAAAAAGUCCUCAGAAAUGUUAGUUGUUGAUUCUUAAAAAAAACUUACUUAACAGACCUGAAAACUUGGCAAUAUUUGUGAUGUGCGUAUUUAACAAAAGUGAAACAUAGUUUUAGUGAAAAUAAAUGAUCAACUAGACAUAGCGAAA